AUGACUACGCGACUUGUUUUGAUGACUAUACUUGUUUUGAGUUGGGCUCUAUUCGAUUUGCAUAGAUGGAAACAUUCCGUUUGCAAAAACUUUCAAUUGAAUGCCAAUGAUUCACCGGAUAUGUGGAUCAGAGUGUCUAAUUUUAAUAUCGACCAACUCUCACUCAUAGCAGAUAAUUUCAACGCACACCUAGAUCUUUCCAUUAAAGUUGCAAAUCUCCUUUCAAUCAAAGUUAAUGCUGAUGUAUCUGUCAAUAAAGUGAAUCUAUCCAGCACAGGCACUAGCGCAGCUAUCGAAUUAGCAGUAAAUUUUGAUCGGAUGAUGAAAAUUGUCACUCGAACGUUGGACUCAGUUGAUCUCAAUUCUCUGUCAACUAGAUCUUCCAAUUUACUCAGUAUAUUCACUGAACAUCAGCAUAUUAUCUAUCAAAUUAUUACUGAAGAUGGUAAAAUCAUUAACCAAAUCUUUGGAUCUAUGGGUGAACUUCUCUUAUCAACUACAGUCGGAGACUAUCGACAGAACAUGACAUACAUUGGUAUUUCGAACAAAUCAUCAAAUGGAUAUACGACGAAUCAAUAUCAUUAUCGACCUCCGUCCAGUUCCUUAACAUGCCACAAUGUGUUAAUCAAUAUAACAUUCGAUACAGUUGAUAGUCAAUCACUAGUAUCAGUCAAUUCCAAUGUUUUUCAACAAAGAUCUCCAAUUAAACACGAAAAUCAAGAUAAAGAUAGUUUACAAUUAGAUAAUCUGCACUAUUUAUCAACAAUGAAACAUCUACUUUUUCUUGAUUUAGAAAAUUUUUCCAACUUUUUUCAACAUUUAACUCAUCAACUACCAGAUCAGACCUAUGUCAUUGCCUUCACCAGUUCAAAUAAUCAAUGGAAACCACCGAAAAAGUUCUGA